AAUGAAACAAAAAUUUCAUGUUCAGAUUGUGUUUGGUUUGAUAUUUGGGUUUGAAAUUGCAGAAUCAGUGAACGAUUUGCUUCGCGAAAGCCCACCCUCCAUUUUGAACGAAAAAACAAGAGUUUCGAAAGCAAGAAGAUGAUUUCUGAACAGGGAACUGGAAAAAAAAAAUUGGAGAAUUUAGGGUUACGUUCUGGUAGGGUUCAGGGACAAUCGACUUUUAUUUACCGCGUAUUUUAGAAUGUGGGUCCCACUGUUUAUGGUUUUUUUUCAUUUUCGCGUGCGGGAGAGUGAUGUGGCGAGUGACAUGGAAGAUGUCAGAAGUCCACGUAAGCAUUUUUAACAUGUUGGCAUACCCACAUCAGCUGUUCCAGUUAAGUUAACGUGACACGCGAGCAACAUUUGACGGAGGGACUAAAAAGGGGCCGGAUUUUAAAAUUUAGGGAUCAAAAAGGGGAUUUUUUCGGUACAGGGACCAAAAAGGGGCUUUUUCUUAUAGUAGAGGGACCAAAAAGGGAUUUUUCCUGCUUGUCUCGCAUCCCAACCCCAAAAAAAAAAAAAUCCUAAAACAAGGAACUUCAUCCCCAAUCUCAAAAACCCAGUUUCCAGAUCUAGGAUUUCUCAAAUCCUUAACAAAUGUACAAUGGAAUUGGAUUUGUCGACCUCACCAAGAAACCCAACAGGGACAUCCUUGAGCAUGAUCGAAAGUGUUGGAAGCUCCUAUCGCUUCCAAUGAGAUCACUGUGCUAUGAUGGAGAUGGAGCCAUCAGCAAAGGCGGAUAAGAGGUUUGGAGGAAAGGAGCCAUCGCAAUCGUGUAUCAAGCAAGCUUGAGGAGAAACAAACCCAGAUCCAGGUUAUAGUGAGGAUUCGUCACCUUGAAACUUGUUUGGGGUCUUCUUGGAUCGUGAAAUGGAUGGUGAGGGGGAAAUGGACCCAAAUCUAGGUUAUCCAAAGAGGAUUCAUGAAAUGGAUGGUGAGGGAAUCGUGAAACUUGCCAGCUCGUUUUCUUGCUCAUAAUCGAUCUCAUCUUCUUCCUUUGCCACCAUCUUUUUCAUGCCAUGAAUACUGUUGCUUCUCCUUAGCGAAUUGGCCAAACGCUUACCCUUUUGGUUCUUGAUCGUCCGUAGCACUACCUUAGUCCAUGUUC